AGAAGUAUUUGUCUAUAUUUUCUCCUAUGCUUUUCCGAUUUUCAUACUCCAUUUUUUGUUUCGAGAGUAGUCUAUGUAUUAGGCUUCCAUUAAUGGCAGCUUAAGUUUGAACUUAUCAAGUUAAAAAGAAGCAGAAAAUGCCGUCAUCGUCAUCAAUAACAUGCACAAAGCUAACAAUCUGGACAACAUGCGCCAUGACAUUACAGAUGGCAGGUCUCUCUCUCUUUGUCCUCGGUUUCUUCCCCGUCAAGCCUGCUCUUUCCGGCGUUAGUGGUCCUGAGAGUUUUCAACCACCGGAAAUUGAAUCCAUUCAAGAUUUCAAUUUUUCCUCAAUGCUUCCUGAUGAUCUCCGAUCUCUCUAUCAGGAGCUCUCUCAACUUCCUAUAUCGUAUGGCCGGUUAAUACUCAUGGUUAUUGAUGGUCUUCCAGCAGAGUUUGUGCUUGGGAAGGAUGGGAAACCUCCCAACAAAGCUUUCGUAGAUGCUAUGCCUUACACUCAUUCAUUGUUAGCAAAUGGAAUGGCACUUGGGUACCAUGCGAAGGCCGCACCUCCAACUGUCACCAUGCCUCGUUUGAAGGCUAUGAUUUCUGGUGCUAUUGGGGGAUUCUUGGAUGUAGCAUUCAACUUCAAUACACAAGCUUUUUUAGAUGACAACCUUCUGGACCAGUUUUUUAGAAUCGGCCGGAAAAUGACAUUAUUUGGUGAUGAAACUUGGCUGAAAUUAUUCCCAAAGUUAUUCACUAGACAAGAUGGAGUUAGUAGCUUCUUUGUCAAGGAUACUGUAGAAGUUGAUCUGAAUAUUUCUCGACAUUUGCCUGAAGAACUUUAUAGAGAUGACUGGCAUCUUAUGAUUCUUCAUUUUUUAGGAAUUGAUCAUGUUGGACAUAUUGGUGGACGGAAAAGUGUCAUGAUGCCCCAAAAGCUUAGGGAGAUGGAUGAUGUGAUCAAGAUGAUUCAUAUGAAUAGCAUUCUAUCCAGCAAUAGAAAGCAGGGAGAUACCCUUCUGCUUGUAGUCAGUGAUCAUGGCAUGACUGACAGUGGGAAUCAUGGUGGCUCAUCAUAUGAAGAAACUGAUUCUUUAGCUCUUUUCAUUGGCCGCAGUUCAAAAUUGCCAAGAGAUGACAUAUCAGCUACUCAAGAUACUAUUAACCAGAUUGACAUUGCUCCAACGUUAGCUCUUCUAUUUGGCGUGCCAAUACCUAAGAAUAAUGUUGGUGUCGUUACUGCGGAAUGUUUGUGGCCUUUGACAGAUGGUGGACUACUGAGGGCACUUGAAUUAAACUCAUGGCAACUACUGAGAUUACUUAAAGCUCAGUUGUCUGGCCUGUCUUGUGUGGUUUCAGCUUCUGAUUAUCCUGGCAAUACAAAAUGGUCCAAUGUGGGUCAGUGCAGUGGUACAGCUGAGGAGAUGUUUUGUUGCCUAUACUCUAAAGCUGCUGCCCUUCACAGUUCCUGGAUGUCAACUGCUUCAAGCUCUGAUAAUGAUGACCAUCAAUUUAAUCUAACUGUCACUGCAUAUCGUGACUUCCUGAUGACUUCAAAUGAUUGGUUAACUCGCAAAGUCACUGAUAAACCUUUGGCUCAACUUACUCUUGGUAUUCUGGCAAUGGUCCUCUCAUCUCUAAUAUUUCUGAGACUUCUGUUCUGCUUGAGUUCAGCCCGAAGCCUUAACGAGAAUCAAGGGUCUUUUGAUUGCAAGAAGAGUAUACAUCACUGGAGUCUAGAGGAAAAGUUUAUUGUGGCUGUGAUUGUCAUCCUUGUUGUGAGCAUGGGAUCUAGUUCAAUGGUUGAAGAAGAACAAUAUAUUUGGCAUUUUCUGACAUCAACAUUGUUCUGGAUUCUAUUACGCAAAACGAUUAAGUCUUUACCUCUAGGAGAGAGAGAUAAACUUAAUAAAAGCAACGAUAAUUUUAGAUGCUCACAAGUAUUUUCAGUCAUUGUAAUGUUAAUAUGUGGAAGGAUUAUACGAGCAUGGCAUCAAGGUGGUGUGAACUGGACAUAUCUUCCUGACAUUUCAAAAUGGCUUGAGCAGGCUGGAAGCAAUCAUAUAAAAGCAAUCAGAGUGGCGUCAGGAAUUCUAGUGAUCAGUUUGAGUAUACUUGCAUUUUCUAGGUCAAGUUUGAACAGAGUUUUCAGCAGCCUCCUCCAGCUCAUCUUUCUUCUAUCAGGGUACUUAGUUUUGCAACACAUUAUGAAAUAUCAGGAUAAUGGUUUCCUGGCAUCUGGCCAUAGCGCAACAUUCAUGGCUCAAACUAUAUACACUGUUCUGAGCAUUGCAACAGGUUUUACAGUAUUAGCCUCUCCGUGGUUUUCUGCUGUCUUCAUUUGUAAAUCAGCAUCUAAUAGACUGUUAGCUGGUUCUCAAUCAGCUAAGAAUGAGAUAAUCCAUCUUUCAAGAGGAUUGAAGGAGUCCUUCUAUUUGACUGGCUGUGCAUACAUGAUAUCGUGGUCUCUGCUGCAGCUGUUAUUGCAGCAACCUAUCAACUCGAUGCCAGUUUUUCUGCUGCUGCUGCAGAUUUCAGCAGCUGUAAUGUACUUUUCUUGUGAUGGAGUGCAUCAAACGCCAUGGGUUGAGGUUGCAGCAUUGUAUUUUGUUGGGAUGGCUGGUCAUUUUGGUUUUGGCAAUAGCAACACUCUUGCCACCAUUGAUGUAGCUGGAGCUUUCAUUGGCAUCUCAAGCCACUCAAACUUAUUGUCUGGUAUACUGAUGUUCUGCAUCACUUAUGCAUCACCAAUAUUGGUGCUUCUGUCUUUGAUCAUGUACAUCUCCUUGAAAGAUGAGAGUUCUUAUGGACUUGACUACGCCAUGGAUUUUGGGCAAUUGUUGAAGUCGGUGCUUGCUGUUCCUCUUCUUGUUCCUCUGGGCAUUAAUUCUGUUAUCUUAGUCGCAUAUACUAUCGUAUUGCUCCAGAUGCGGAACCAUUUGUUUAUAUGGAGCGUCUUCUCUCCCAAGUACCUCUAUGUAUGUGCAACAACAGCAUGUGUUUAUAUUGGUGUUUCCAUUGUGGUCGCAACUGUUCUGUACAUAUCCUCGGUCCAUAUGUGGUGUAUGAAGAAGACAGUAUCUGUCAGAAUCAGUACGGAGGAAAGUCAUUGACGAAUAAUAGUCCAUCUCCAGUGUUGAACAGACACAUUUGAGGGAUCAUUAGUCAUUCGUUAUUGGGAUGUGGAGGUCGCUGGGGACUAGUAGGUUUUUUGUUAUGAUUUCUUUUGAGAGAUAAAAAGGUAUAUACGAUGAGCAAGUAGGGAUGAAUAUGAUAAGUUAGCGUCUCUCCUUUCUUUUGGUCAGACUGUUACAAAUCUUUAUUGCUAUACAAGUUGAACAUCUGAAUCUUCGAGUAGUGUUAUUGAAAAUCCUGAAUCCUUGGAGGAUGGUGCCUAAGAUUUUCAGGGGAGCAUCAGAGUUGAUUGUGGAAAAUUAGGGUGUGAUAAAUCAAUCUGCCGAUGAAAAUUCUGAAAUUUGCUUGAUAUUGAAAUCUGAUUGUUGUAAUUUAUAUUACCUAAGUUAGCAUACAUUCGUUCAGCUUUCUAUUGGACGACUUUUUGCAGGGUUUAUGUAUAAGUACUUGAAGUUGAACGAAUCUCUUGUAAUGAUAUUAAAUUUUGAUCAAUCAUUUCCCACGCUGAUACGUUUUCACUAAACAUAUUUCACUUCAUUUUUAAUAAUGGCAAAAUCUCUUUUUAUACUAAUUUACGAAGUUUUACAAAAUAACACUGCAAAAAAGGGAAAAUUUGAAAAAAAAAAGCACUUUUUCAAUAAAAACAAUUUCCAAAAUACUCGUGCAAUCAAAAUAAUUCUCAAAAUUAGCCUUUUUGUGUUUGAAUCUAGAAGCAAGAGAUUAGCUGUAAUGGAUAUUUACUCUUGUCGACGAAGAGUAGAGUAUAUAUAUGAGCUAGAGAAUAUACACUUUGGAAUAGCAACGCAUUGUAUGGUCAAUCAACUUCAGCAAAUAGCUUUGAAAAAUGAUCAUUGAACCAAAUUAAGUUCAGGGACAACAUCAAUAAUGGCUUAAAUGGAUCUUUAAGGAUAUAAA